AUGGAGGUUCAGGUGAAGCAAGAGAUCGUAGAAUCCCCCAACCGCGGGCUCGGACCGAAUCGACUCACAACCGGAGUUGCGAGGUUUCCACCACCUGAUGUGAUCGUGCUCAGCAGCAGCGACUCGGACUCCGACGCCGAAGAGGCUUCCGCCGGUGGCCGCCACAAUGCCGACGGAGGGUUGGGAGGUUCGGAGCACAAAAGGAGGAAGUUGAACGGGUUGGGGGUCACUAAGCCGGAUAACCUCUUGGCUCCGCUUCCGCCGGGGGCCGAUGUAGCUUCCCAGGCUUUGACCGUCGUUCGCCCCGUCGAGUCGAGAGAAAACGGGAGUGUGAUGGUCAAUGGUCAUAACUCUAAGCAGUUUUGGAAAGCCGGUGAUUACGAGGGCGAUUCCGUUGCUGCUUGGGAUGUCCCUUCUGGUGGCAUGGAUCAUGUCAGGGUUCAUCCAAAGUUCUUACAUUCCAAUGCAACCAGCCACAAAUGGGCUCUUGGAGCCUUUGCAGAACUGAUGGACAAUGCAUUGGAUGAGGUCUGCAAUGGAGCAACGCUAGUGAAGGUAGACAUGAUGAAAAGCGGGAAAGAUGGGAGCAGAAUGCUACUGAUUGAGGAUGACGGUGGUGGGAUGGAUCCAGAUAAAAUGCGAAAGUGCAUGUCCUUAGGUUAUUCUGCUAAAAGCAAAGUGGAUAACGCCAUUGGCCAGUAUGGCAAUGGUUUCAAGACAAGUACCAUGAGGCUUGGUGCUGAUGUUAUUGUGUUUUCUCGUUGUUGUGGACAAAAUGGCAAGAGGCCAACCCAGAGCAUUGGUUUGCUAUCAUACACAUUCCUGAGGAAUACAGGAAAAGAGGACAUAGUAGUUCCAAUGCUUGACUAUGAAAGAGAAGGACAAGGGUGGAGCCGAAUUGGUCGACUUUCUGAUGCUGACUGGACUAGGAAUGUGGAAACAAUUCUUCAGUGGUCCCCGUUUCUUAGCGAGACGGAUCUUCUACGGGAGUUAGAUAUGUUGUCAGAUCAUGGGACACGCAUAAUAAUCUACAAUCUCUGGGAGGAUGAUGAAGGAUUCUUGGAGCUUGAUUUUGAUGCUGAUCCUCAUGACAUACAACUUAGGGGGGUAAAUCGAGAGGAGAAAAACAUCCAAAUGGCCAAAGAGUUCCCCAACUCGCGCCAUUUUCUGACAUACAAGCAUUCGUUACGGAGUUAUGCUUCAAUUCUCUAUCUCAGAAUUCCUCCUGCCUUUCGGAUCAUCCUUCGUGGAAAAGAUGUUGAGCACCACAAUAUAGUAAAUGACAUGAUGAUGUCCCAGGAUGUGAUAUAUCGGCCACAGGCUCCUGUUGACGGGACAUCCAAGGAUCAUAGUAGUAUGACCGCUGCUGUUACAGUGGGAUUUGUCAAGGAUGCCAAGUAUCAUAUUGAUGUUCAAGGGUUCAAUGUCUAUCACAAGAAUCGGCUCAUCAAGCCAUUUUGGAGGCUGUGGAAUGCUGCGGGAAGUGAUGGACGUGGAGUUAUUGGUGUUCUGGAAGCCAAUUUUGUUGAACCUGCCCAUGACAAGCAAGGUUUUGAACGUACAACUGUUCUGUCACGGCUCGAGACUCGUCUAAUACAAAUGCAAAAGAAUUACUGGUGUUCAAACUGUCACAAAAUUGGCUAUGCUCCCAGACGUAACAAGAAAGGCUUAGGUGAAGAGACAGAAACAAAUUUUUCACACGAUCAGAGUUCUGGAGGAAAAGCACCAACAGAAAGACCGGGGAAAGUGCGAUAUGGAAAGCAAAACGUUUCAAGGAAAGGAAACAACAGUAUCACAAAGUCUCCAGUUAAAUAUAGAAAAGGAUUUGAAUCUUCUGAACCAUCAUCUCCUUCUGAGGAUGCAAAUGAAAGUAACUUCCGCAGUUCUUCCCCUCUGAAAAAAGCAACUUCCAGCGCUCCUGCAAGUAAAACUUUACCGACAGAUGUGUUGGAUGGAAAUCGGCCAUCUGCACAUUUGGGACAUAGCAGAAUUCAUAAUGACUCCAGCCCAUCUGGGGAAUGUGUUCCACCAGUCAUACGUACCCAGUCAAAGGUAGGUGUUGUUAAUCUUGGUGAGGACGGCCAUGUUUCAGCAGUCAACAUGGAUACAAGUGACUGGCUAAAGCAAGAGAACCGUGUACUGAAGGAAAGAUUAGAGAAGAGGGAGGCGGAACUUCGAUUGAUGAGUUUGAAGUGCCAGAAAUGCAGUGCUCUUAAGGGACAGUUGGAUCACGCACAGCAGAAGAUAGAAGACCUGAACAAGGAGCAGGAGAGUCUAAUUGAUAUAUUCUCAGAGGAGAAGGAGCGGAGGGACAAGGAAGAGGAUAAUUUGAGGAAGAAGUUGAAGGAUGCAUCCAACACCAUACAAGAAUUGCUAGAUAAGGUAAGGCUCCUGGAGAAGAUGCAACCAAGCUCUAGCAAUGCAGGAAGGUAA